GGGAAAAAAAAAAAACGCCUAAAACGAGGCAAAAAUCUUAUUCGACGACGGCGUUCCUUCCUCUCGAAUUGGAAGUCGCGAAAAUUCGCCGUUCUUCCCGUUGGAUCGGACGUAGCGACGGGAGCUCGCUCGCUGGAAAGUAACUAUCGUUCUCCCUUUAGCUUGCUUCUUCUGCCAAAUCCCGUAUAUCAGCUGAACUCCAGCAUUUAGUAAAUCCGGAUUUACGGAAAAAAGAGGGAAACGGAGGAUUUAUUUGGCCGUGAGAUCUACCGGCUGCCUAAAUCUUGCAGGAUUUUAAAUCCUGUUGCCAAGCAGCCCCUUACAGCGAGUGGUUAACGCCAGCGUAGAGGAAGCAAGAUGGCGAUCCGAUGGAUGAGGCGAAUGGGCGGGUCUUUCGGGGCAUCUUUCCUCUGGAUCGUAUCACUUAUCUAUUUUACUCAGGGUUUUAGAUCCUUUGUAUGGACAGCUGUUUCGUAUCAGAUGAAAGAUAUACUCAAAUUGUCACCCUCAUCCUCUCAGUUCAUGUUUUCUAUUGCAUUUUUCCCUUGGAGCAUAAAACCAGCUUACGGCAUUCUUUCAGAUUGCAUUCCAAUUAAUGGUUGUAAACGAAAACCGUACUUGGUCAUAGCUACUGUACUUUCCCUUAUACCUUGGCCUGUUCUAGGCCUGAUAUCAUCACUUAUGAAUUCACAUAAUUUCCUAACUGCUUUGUUGACGAUGCAAAACUUGGGAUCUGCCAUGGCAGAUGUAGUUAUUGACGCGAUGAUUGCCGAGGCAGUUCGAUCUGAAAGAGCAGAAUUUGCUGGUGAUCUCCAAUCACUGUCUUGGUUAAUGAUGGCUGUGGGAGGAAUAUGUGGGAACUUGUUAGGAGGCUAUGCGCUUUCCAGUUUUAGAAUAUGCUCUAUCUUCCUUCUUUUUUCUAUACUUCCAGGCAUUCAGCUUCUAUCGUGUGCCUUUAUCAAGGAGGCCUCCUCAGAAUAUCCUGAUAUUGGAGACCUAAAAAAUAGCAAUCUACAGGAGAGAUUAUAUAGUUCAACAAUUUCACCUGUUGGUGCAUCAAAAUCUGAGGCUCUGAGGAGGCGAAAAAAAGAGCGUAAUCAUGAUUGCAGUAAGCUCUCCUACAGGGAAGCUGAAGAUGUGAAAGAAAAAGGGUCAUUGGCUUUAAGUUUAAGACGCUUUCAAUCUAUGAGAUCGGCUAUUUAUAGUUUGUACGAUGCUUUCAAGAAUCCUCUUAUUCUAAGACCAAUGGCCUGGUUUUUUUUUUCACAUGUUGCAGUUCCAAACCUCUCAACAGUCAUGUUCUAUUAUCAGACUCAGGUGUUGCAUCUGGGAGCAUCAUUUCUUGGGGCAUCUCGUGUUAUUGGUUGGUUUGGUCUAAUGAUUGGAACAUAUAUUUAUAAUCAAUAUUUGAAGCGAAUGAAAUUACAGAGAAUUCUCAUGUUGGCACAUGUUGGUCUUGGAGCUGUUAACUUUCUGGACAUUGUUCUAGUGUCUGGAUUAAAUACUCGGUUAUCCAUUCCAGAUAAGUACAUGGUGCUUGGUGGUUCAGCAGUUGCUGAUGCAAUAAAUCAAUUCAAGCUCAUGCCGUUUCUAAUUCUUUCUGGACAACUAUGCCCUCCUGGUAUUGAAGGGACUCUGUUUGCCCUUUUUAUGUCUAUAAACAACCUCGGCUCCUCAGUUGGCUCGUUCUAUGGAGCUGCUCUUGCUUCAGUUCUAGGCAUUUCAACCAAUUCUUUUCGUAAUAUUCUCUAUGGUCUGCUCAUUCAACUAUUCUCCACCUUCAUUCCUAUUGGAUUGCUGUUUUUGAUUCCAAAGGAAGCCACAGGAUUAGCAUCAGAGAAGCUGUAGUUCAAGAGCCACCCCGGCCAUCCGCUCCGCUCCCAUUUAAAUAUGCAUAGAGGAAUGGUAAUACUUGAGUAAUUAAAUCUAACCUUUUCCUUUACACAGAAAGAUUGAUUAAUUCAUUUUUCGAUAGAGACAACAUGAGAUCAUAUGGUCCUAUGACACAACUCUCCUUGGCCUAUUGGUUGAGAGCUUAGGCUUCCAACUAAGAGGUUCAGAGUUCGAGUUUAUGUGUAUACGUUGUGUGUGUGAGUUUGCCUUAAAUGGCCUAAAUAUCCCAAAAAAAUAAUAUGGUCCUAUGUCUGAAGUAGAAUUCUCUUCACCAAUGACUGAUCCAUACAAAUACGUCAGCUUCUGUAACAAAAUAUACACUUCUCCAGGUCAUGAUUUGACUGCUAACUAUUUUGGCAUUUCGUCU